AUGUACUACCUUCCACCAGGACCACCUCCACCUCAAGGCCCUCCGCCAUGGGGUUAUCAGCAACCUCCCCCGGGACAGUGGACCCCGCAUGGAGGUCAGCCCUAUGGCCAUCAUGGACCGCCCCAACCAUAUGGGCAGUAUCCUCCCGGUCCUCCACCUCAACCUCCAAGGCCAUAUAGCCAUUCGCCGCAACCUCCGCCACGACCUUAUAGUCAUUCACCGCAGCUUUCGGGGUCAUACGGACACACGCCAUCUCCCCCGCCAAGUUCACAGCCGUAUGGCUAUCAACAUUCACCUCAGGCCUAUCCAACGUCCUAUCCAGCGUAUCCGUCGCAUCAGCACAGUCUUAGUGCUUCCCGCAAUCGUAAGUUUAUAGCCAUUCAUCCUGAGGCCGAUCGACUGACGCAUGUAGAACUUGGCCGGCCCGCUUCGCCGAAUGUGCCACCCACGCCUCCCCAGAACCUUCAACACUUUGGGUCAGGUGCACCAUCCAAUUACCAGUUCCAGUACUCGGCAUGUACGGGACGUCGCAAGGCUCUUCUGAUCGGUAUUAAUUACACCGGUCAGCCAAAUUCUUUGCACGGCUGUAUCAACGAUGUGACGAACAUGUCCACCUUCUUGCAUGAGCGAUUUGGGUAUCGACGGGAGGACAUGGUCAUUCUCACUGAUGACCAGAAGAACCCAAUGAGCAUCCCGACAAAGCAGAACAUCAUUCGUGCGAUGCAGUGGCUCGUCAAGGACGCCCAGCCUCACGAUUCACUGUUCAUUCACUUCUCCGGGCACGGAGGCCGAACCCCGGAUCUGGACGGCGACGAAGACGACGGAUUUGACGAUGUCAUUUACCCAGUCGACUACCGCACCGUUGGCCAUAUUGUAGACGACGACAUGCACGACAUUCUGGUCCGACCGCUCCGACCUGGUGUGCGAUUGACGGCAAUUUUCGACUCGUGCCACUCGGGCACUGCGUUGGAUCUACCAUAUAUCUAUUCCACGCAGGGUGUUCUCAAGGAGCCCAAUCUGGCCAAGGAAGCGGCUCAGGAUCUCUUUAGUGCCAUUAGUUCCUACGGACAGGGUGAUCUGUCGAGCAUGGCCAACACGGCCAUUGGAUUUUUUAAGAAGGCUGCCAACGGUGGCCAGGCGCGCCAGCGCACCUUGCAGACCAAGACAUCGCCGGCCGAUGUGGUCAUGUUCUCCGGAUCUAAAGAUACACAGACCUCGGCCGAUACUUUCCAGGACGGGCAGGCGCGUGGAGCCCUCAGUUGGGCGUUCAUCAAAUCACUAAAGCAGUGGCCCCAGCAAUCUUAUCUGCAGCUGCUGAACACGAUUCGCGCGGAGCUCGACGGGAAGUAUACUCAAAAGCCGCAGCUGAGCUGCAGCCAUCCACUUGAUGUCAACUUGCGCUUUGUCAUGUAG